GUGCGCGCUACGUACGCACUACGUAGACGUGGUGGGUAGCAACUUGCUUACAAUCUUUGGAUAUUGUUAACGUCGUCACUCCUAAUUCUCUAGAUAAUUAGUGCCUGAAGAGUUAGUGUAUUUGAUGUUUGAUGGAAAAUAAGCUCUUCGUCUCUGAAAUGCCAGUUGAUGGUUGUGAAAAAUCUUCAAGGUAAGUUUCCUCACGUGACGCCAUAUUGCUUUUGAGUUAUGGUUUAGAAUUUCUGUAUACAGGCUCCCUAAUACAUUUUUUACUUAUUUUGAUAUGAUAGUUAGUUAUAUUAAGUGAUUGUAUGCUAACUCAAUUGUGAUUUAUGUCGAAGUUUUAAAAUUCUUUGGCUGUCUAUUCUUAAUCUUAUACGUAGACCCUCUGGAGACACAGCUGUUAUCGCUCACGGUCAUCAUGAUCAAGAAAAGAGAGUUCGUAGGGAAAUUGCCAAUAGCAAUGAGCGACGGCGGAUGCAAAGUAUCAACGCGGGGUUCGACUCUCUCCGUAUCCUAUUGCCAUCCAUAUCAGACGGAGAAAAGAUGAGCAAGGCGACAAUAUUACAACUGACCGCCAAAUAUAUCAACACGCUACUCAUGCGCGUUAGUUUACUGGAAAGCGAAGUAGCUGUGUACCGACAGUCAGCUGGUUUGCAACUGAAUCCAGUCUCGUCAGAGUUGUCUGGUUCAACGGUGACUUCUAGAAAACGCAAAUCUGAUGACUUAAAGGACCGGCCGGAUUGUAUGCGGAAUCGACGUCGACGAGUCGAGGUUGAAGGCAUAUACGAUUCAUCUCGCACGAAUUACGUCCACUUUUCUCCUGAAAGCACCGAUACACACCAGUCAUCCCCACUUACUUCAUUCAAUAGUAGCACAUCGAUUUGUUCAGCAUCUCCUCAGCCUGACAGCACAAGCAAUACUGCUGCACGACUUGAACAUUUGGUGAUGGCAAUUGAGCAGAUUGAGGGGGGUGGUGCUCUUAACUUGUCUCCUCAACCCGAAAGUCAUGAUGAAAGCUUCUCCACUGGUGAUCACUCACCUCCGGAAACGUACUGGCAUAGUCCGCAAGAAAAUUACCAUGGGUAUGCUUAUGUUGAUGCCCAAACAUCUAAUCAAAAGUCUAACAAUUUGUUUGGUGAUUCCCUCCUGCUUACUCCAGUAUCGGAAAUUAAUCCCUCUUUAAGCUCUAAUGACAAUGCCCAGACUCACAAUACUGAGGAUUACCCUAUUGUAGCAAAACUCCUUAACCGCCCUAUUCCCCACAAAUACCUCCACAGGCCUCAAGUUGUGGUUAAUAGUUCCCACUGAUUUCCUAUUUCUUUUAGUUUCGCAUUUUCAACUCCUAACUUUGUCCGCGUUAAUUCGUAUGAACUCUGCUUGCAGAAUUUUUCCUAGCACGGUGUAUAUACGUAUAUUUGGGGUUUAUCAUGUUAUUUCCCUGGAACAUAACUAUAUAUUUUGUGAUCUUUUAUAUCUUUAGUUUUUCGUUUGUUUUGGGCUUGGUUUACUAAGUUUUAAGCCAUCUAAGGCUCUUAAUGUCUAGCACUUUUUGUAUUUUGUAAAAUAACGGUUUGUUUUCCGUUGUGUCAAACUGAUCAUAAACCUGAGUGGACAUUUUACAGGCCACGUAAAUGUUCUCAUAUCUUUUGGCGAUUUCAAUUAAAUUGUUCUUGAAUG